UAAAUAAGACGUUGUAGUUUUUAUUAGUUUACUCAGUUGAAGCCAAUGAACUGUUUUAAGCGAUAAUUGUAGUGAAUAAUUGUUGGAAAUUUGAUAAAAGCUGGGUAAUUAAACCAUAUGUGUCACGUGCUUUCUAGGAACCUGUAUCACCUGUCAUACAUCGUAGAAUUCGCCACUUCCAGCACUUUGUCCAUCCAACAAUGAUUUUAUUAUUGUGUUAGUCAAUUUAUGUGCAAACUAGUGCAAAAACUAAAUUUCUUAUUGUUUAAUAGUUACUGUGCCCCUUAAUAUUUAAUUUAUACAGUUCAAGCAAGCAAUUAAUAAUCUGUGUUUUGUUUGUCAUUGCAAAUUGGCAUUUGCCCAGAUCACCGAAGAUACGGAAGUUUGCGGGUCAGAACGGUUUAAGUUUCUUUAUUAAAAGUCAAAAAUAUUCCCGAAAAACCCACCACUAGUAUCGUUCUCAAAAUCCAAAUCAUCCUGUCGAAAAAUCCGCCGUUCAAGGGCUUAACCUUGAUCCAUCUGCAGUAAAGUUCCGACGAUUCACUUUCACGUGAAAGUCGUCCAUUCCGGUCGAGUUCCGAAAAUCGCCUUUCAUAAUCGCCAGCACCUGGCAUGACAUCAUGGAAAUAGACGAGGAAGUCUACGCGGACGGCGCGUCCGCUUCGGGUACCGAACUCGUGCAAGAGUGGCUCAACCUUUUCGAGUCAAACAGCCUCACCACCAACCAAUUCAAGCAGCACUGGAAGACAUGGGUGCCGAAACUGUACGCCCCCCCGGUGAACGAGUCGUGCCUCAAUUGGCGGUUCGACGAAGACCUGGCCCAGAAGCUCCUCUUCAACGUCCUAGAGGAGUUUAUUUGCAAGGGGGACCCGAGCCUGGUCCUGGCUCGUUUAAACGAGAUGGACAAGCCCCCUUCCGUGUGUGGGCGGGUGUUCAAGCUGGGCGAACCGACGUACAGCUGCCGCGAAUGCGGGAUGGACAACACGUGUGUCCUUUGCGUCAACUGUUUCAAAAACUCGGAGCACCGCUUCCACAAGUAUAAAAUGGGGACGUCGCAAGGCGGGGGUUGUUGCGACUGCGGGGACGUCGAGGCCUGGAAGAAGGCCCCGUUUUGCGAUGUGCACAUCGCCGGGACGCGCAACGACGCCCACAGGAGCCUCCCUGAGGAUUUGAAACAGAGGACGCGCAUUGUCUUCGAGGCGGUCUUGUGGUACGCUUAUUGUCUCCUCAGGACGGGGUUCGUCUCCGACGUUCGCUUCGGGGACAUCACCGACACGUUCUUCGACAGUGACGCCUACUGUACCAUCCUCUACAACGACGAAAUCCAUACUUUUGAACAAGUCAUUUCGACCUUGACCCGCGUUUUGAAAUGCAAUCAAAGGACUGCGAUUGAGUUCGUCACGAAUAUAGACCGAGAGGGGCGGGCUGUUGUCAAGUGUUCCUCGUUCCAACACUGCACGGAACUGAAGCAAGAAAUCGAGAAAUAUACUUCGAGACAUGGCAAUAAGCCGCUGAAAGUGCUAGUGAGCCAUGCCUACGUCAUAGCGCACCAGAUCUACGCUUCGAAGUUGUUGACUUGGCUACAGAAUUUUCUGGGACAUGGCGAAGGUUUUCGCUCGAUUUUUGCCGAAGUCGUCCUGGAAACACCGCCAAAUGAGACUUGCAUUAUCCAAGGGAUACUCCUGAAGGACUCCUCGUUGUGGAAGAGCGCACGGUCACAAUGGCAACGCCUCUUAAUCUCGGGAAUGCUCCUCGAAUACGAGAACAAGAAAGAGUUGGCGAAAAUCUUCACCAAGAACUACGGCCCGGUCAUGAAGGACUUCAUCAAAGAUGACCAUGAUCACUCCUACUCGAUUUCCUCCCUUUCGGUUCAGUUGUUCACAGUGCCGACCCUAGCCCACCAUUUGAUCGCCUGUGAUGACGUCCUGUACAUACUCCUGAAUACUUUCAUGUCAGAGUGUUCGACCAAGUGUAACAAAGCGGGAAAGCUCGAAUUCGAGCGGAGUCCCUCGAGUCAUGCCUUCAAACGCGCCCAUUUCAUGCUGUACGACCUGCGGUACCUCCUCAGCUCGAUCCCGGAGAACUGGUCCGAUGAACUCCGCAAAAACUUCCUCCACGGUCUUUUCAUCAUGAUGAACCUCUUUACGAAAAUGCAAGGCAUGGACGCGGUCACUCGUCAAGUUGGCCAACACAUGGAGUACGAACCCGAGUGGGAAUCGGCCUUCCACCUCCACAUCCGACUAGCUUAUUGCAUCUCCUUGGCCAUCAAGUGGUGCAGCACCGAUCGAGUGGUCCUAAUCAAGGCCUACCGAGCUGUGUUGAAAAAACUCGACGAAAACCCAUGCUACGACCCACAUGACCGCUGGGAAGCCAUCGAGUUGGUCGAUCACAGCGCCUCCUGCAUCGUGUAUGAUGUGGCUUCAAGACCGGUCUCCAUCCAUCUACCCUUAUCGAGGUUCCUAGCAGGGUUACAUCUCUACUUGGAGAAGUUUGACAUUCAUUUCAAUGAGAUGCAGUGUCCGAAGCCAACUCCUGUUGAGAUAAUGGAGCCGGUUUUGAGGUGUCAGGUCAUGAUAGCCCAAGUUCAUGCCGGCAUGUGGCGUCGCAACGGUUACGCCUUAGUCAACCAAUUGUACUUCUACCACAAUGUUAAAUGCCGCACCGAAAUGCUAGACCGCGAUAUAGCGCUCUUACAAAUGUGCGCAUCGUUGAUUGAAAGCAACGAGUUUCUGAUCCACGUUUUGCACAAAUUUAAUUUGGUUAAUUGGGCCUUGAGUAAUUACGAAAUUACGAGCCUUAAGGCACCGGAAGAGGAUAGUAUGAGGCAAACGAUCAGUCUAGUCGAGGAGUUUUUGCAGUUGUUGAUUGUAAUCAUAGGGGAGCGGUAUAUGCCGGGGAUUAGUAACGUUAGUACCGAAGAUAGGAUUAAAAAAGAGAUUAUACAACACUUGUGCAUCAAACCGAUGCCGCACUCCGAGUUGAAUAAGAUAAUAACGGAUGAUAUAGCACACGAGACUGCACUUGACGAUGUCAUUGACGAGUUGGCUGUGUUUAAAAAACCCACCCAAACCUCCGGCAAGGGUGUCUACGAGUUGAAGGAGCAAUACUACGAUGAAUACAACGUCUUCUUCUACCAUUACACCCGAGAGGAAUUAUCGAAAUCGGAGGAAGCGCAACGAAAGAGACGUAAAACCGCCACGGACCUUGAAUGUUGCCCCCCUCCCAGAUUACUAAAACUGAACGAAUCGUUUCACAUGCUUGUGAACCUCCUCCAGUGCGAUGUCAUGCUCCACAUCAUGCAGAUAGUCCUCGAACGGUGUAACAAUCUACGCGCCCGCAGCUUCUCAGAGUUACAAUUACACAAAGUGCUACACCUUAUCGGUUACGCUUUACAAGAGGAAGAAUCAAAACAUUAUCCCUUCUUCAAAUUUAUCCACAAUUCGGCCAAAUUCAACAUUUUCAAUCUACUGACCGACUUGUUAGAAUGCCCGCGAGUCGACGCCCAUAAGGAUCUCCUUAAGUGGGUAUUGCGCAAAUACAAGGAAGUAGCAAAUCAGAAGGAACAAGCCGAAGGCUCGGCCCAAACCAACGCCGAAGCCUCAACUUCGGGCGAUAUUGACAGCGAGAAGGAACGAAGGGCGAAACUGGCCGCUGAGAGACGUGCCAAAGUCAUGGCACAAAUCACCGCCAUGCAGAAGACUUUCAUGAAGGAGAACAAGGAGUUGUUUGAGGAGAGUGAAACUAGUACGAGGUUUGAAGAGUCGGCUAUGGAGGUUACAGAGAGUGGGGAAGAACAACCGAUUGCGUUGGGUCCGAAACAAACCACGCGACUCGGUAUUGAGAAGACGUUCGUUUGUAUUUUGUGUCAGGAGGAGGAGAGGGUGACCAAAGACGGUCCGACGCUCGUAUUGGCCGCUUUCGUGCAACAGUCGACUGUUUUAUGCCAAUACAAAAACAACGAAGCGCUGACUAAUAUGCAAGACCCUUUGUAUCUCAAUUCGAACAUGGGGCCGGCCCCACAUACCAGUACUUGUGGCCAUGUGAUGCAUAGCGAGUGUUGGCGGAAGUACUUCGAUAAUGUGAUGGUGAGGGAACACCGAAGGCCGUAUAGGUUGAGACACCCGGCCAGUUUCGAUGUCGAGAAACAAGAGUUUCUCUGCCCGCUUUGCGAGUGUUUGAGUAAUACUGUGUUACCGCUCAUUCCCCCUUUGAGUGUCCUACAACCGAGCUAUCCGAAGAGCGGUACCACUUACGAGGAUUAUUUGGCGUGUAUUGAUGUCAUACUGAGGAAGAAGGUCAAAGUUUGCCACGGAAUGUUCAAGUGUAACACUACCGACUGCGCCAAUGAGCACUGCACCGCUUGUUUAAACGGCUCAAAUAGCACGAAUUUAGAAUCCGAGUCUCUUGCAAUUUGUGAGGCGAAUUGUUUGCUGCAACCCUACCAAGUUUUCUACUCGUGUAUCUUCGACCGAGUUGAAGACUUCGGGGUGUUGCAACCGAAAUUCGAGGAGCUGUUCCCUGAGAAUUGUCCAAUCCUUGAUACGAAUUUGAAAGAUAUGGUUCUAUUAUUUGCUCAAGUCACUUAUACUAGAGGCUUAAAUGUUAAUCCGCACCCUUCUGAUAAAAGAUUGGCCCCAAUGGCUUGGAAGUCACUCUCGUACACCACUCACGCAAUUGAAGUCUUACUCCGAGACUCCAACAAACCACUGUUAGGGAAUUUGUCAAGUCGGCAAAGGGACUGCAUAGAGACCCUUGUCCGCAUUAUCGGAGUUCUGGGCACUACGUGGCCCAACAGUGUCGUUAUUAAUAAUCACGCUUUGAGUUUGUUGGCCAUUUUGCACGAGAACGGUAACGAAGGACCGUCGAUCCUCCAGUGGGAUUCGUUCGGGUUCUUGGUACCGUUAACGUUCGCGUUACCGAGCCUUGCCGGUAAGGAAAAUCCCACUCCAAUACCGACCGGUGGUAACUUGGAGUUGUACACUCUUCGAACUGUUUUCAUUUCCCACAUCGUCAAAAUUCUGGUUUUGAUGGAUGUAGAAAAGUUGGCCGAUUGUAUGGACACCGGUACGAGCGACGAGGAUGAUAUUUUAAAAGUCUUGCAAAUUAUGGGCAAGUCGCAUGACCGGAUAAGUGGCCACGUUGUCUGGAAGCACGUCCAGGAAGCUUCAAUCCCAUUUUUGCGUUGUUGUGUCCUUUUCUAUCACUACUUGACCGACGUACCUGCCCCGUCAGUAUUACUCGAAGUAGGUGGCGACACUUUCGCUAACAUGUGUACAUAUUUGGACCUCCCCCAAACCCCCCAAACUCUAUUCAACUCGGACAAAGUCCUCAGACUGGUGUCAAAGUGGUGCCAACAUGAGGAAGUCGUUUCGUUCUUACAAGGAACUCCCCUGCAAGUCAUCCACGAACCUCUGUCGGUACCGAAACUGAUCGAUCUACCGACCGAUUAUAGCGAUUUGAUUAAUACCGUUUCGACGUUCACGUGUCCGAAUAGCGACGAAGACGCGCGAACUCCCAGCAUGUGUUUGGUCUGUGGGGAGAUUUUAUGUUCGCAGAGUUACUGUUGUCAAAUGGAGUUGCACAACAUGCAUGUGGGGGCGUGCAAUUACCACGCACAGAUGUGCGGGGCCGGCGUUGGGAUUUUUCUGAGAGUGAGAGAAUGUGAGAUUUUGUUUUUGGCGACGCCGCAUAGAGGAAGCUUCGUUUCGCCGCCGUAUUUGGAUGAUUACGGCGAGACGGAUAUGGGGUUGAGGAGGGGGAAUCCCCUGAGGUUGUGUCAGGAGAGGUACAGGAAACUGCAAACACUGUGGUUGAGCCAUAGUAUACAUGAGGAAAUCGCCAGGGCGAUCGAGUCGAAUAGUCAUGUGAUCACGACGCAGUGGCAUCAUCUUUAGAGAUUAUGAAAUUGUGAUUUUUUUAAAUACUAACGAUGAAAUAUUUGUUGCCUUUUGUCUAAUUUUACUAAUUUAUUUUGUUGGAAUUUAUUACAGUACUUAUGGAAAAUUACAAGCUCUCUUAAGGCCCACCCAACACGAAAAACACUGUUGUAUAAUUUUAGUAGGAAAUUUAAUAUUUAUAAUAGGACAGUAAAAAAGAGUUGUAUAAUAUUAUGUGUAAUACAAAUUAAUUAAAAAGAUACAAUUUUCAUUCAAAAUAAAUAUAUUACCCACA